GCUCAAAAGUCAUGCCACUUGGUCAAUGCUCCCAUUAUAUGUAGAGCUGCUUUGCAAGUUCCCUUCUCUGUUAUCAAGUAUGCAAUGACUCUUGAUGGAAAAAUUGCUGCUAGUAGUGGACAUGCAGCAUGGAUAAGCAGUAAAACGUCUAGGAGUCGAGUUUUUGAGUUGCGGGGUAGAAGUGAUGCCAUUAUUGUAGGAGGAAAUACAGUACGCAAGGACAAUCCAAGAUUAACUGCAAGACAUGGAGGUGGGCACAUGCCUGUGCGCAUUGUAAUGACGCAGACGCUUGAUCUUCCUGAGGAAGCAAACCUUUGGGAUGUGUCCGAUGUAUCAACUAUAGUUGUAACACAAAGGGGAGCUAGAAGGAGUUUCCAGAAAUUGCUUGCUUCUAAAGGAGUAGAAGUGGUGGAGUUUGAAAUCUUGAAUCCUAGAGACGUUAUGGAAUAUUUUCAUGAUCGUGGGUAUCUUUCAAUUCUGUGGGAAUGUGGUGGGACACUGGCUGCAUCUGCUAUUUCAGCUGGAGUAAUACACAAGGUCUUUGCAUUUGUUGCUCCAAAAAUUAUUGGCGGAAAGAAUGCACCAUCACCUGUGGCUGAGCUUGGGAUGGUUGAGAUGUCACAAGCCUUAGAUUUGAUUGAUGUUUGUUAUGAGCAGGUUGGACCUGACAUGCUUAUUAGUGGAUUCCUUCAGCCCUUACCAGAUGUCACACCGGUGAUCCCAUCAGUGGAUGAAACUUUUGCAAUUGAUCCUACUGUAACUCCACAUGAAUCAAGCAUCAUUUUCUUCUAUAAAACAUGGGAUCCAUAUGGCGCUUUUUCAAAUUUUUCUCCUCACCCAAUUGAGAUGCCGGAUGAGAAUGGUGAUUAUGCCACUUGGUUAAGUGUAGAGCAUUACUACCAGGUGCACAAGUUUGUUGGGGUGAAUAAUCCUGUGGCAUGGGAUUGUGUUGAAAAGAUAAAAUCUGCAAAAAGUCCGGAGGAAGCAGCACGAAUGGGAAGGUCAAUGCUGAGGCAGCGGCCUGAUCUGGUAAGAUCAGAUUGGGAGAGUGUGAAGAUUGAUGUCAUGUACAGGGCAUUGAAAUGCAAAUUCUCGAUUUACCCUCAUUUGAAUUCUAUGUUGCUCUCAACUGCUGGUUCUGUGCUAGUUGAAGCUUCACCACAUGAUCUCUUUUGGGGCGGAGGCCGAGAUGGAGAGGGCCUAAAUUACCUUGGCCGGCUGUUGAUGCAGUUGAGAUCAGAGUUUCUUGGUGAACCCUCAAGCUCAACUGAGAGCACUUGCUUGGCUGUAUGAGAUACAAAGAUACAUUUGUAUACAUAAAAGUAUACGGUCCGACCGGGGCAGCUCAAUAUAAAUUGUGGCUUAAGAAAUAUGCCAUGUAUUAGAAAGCAAUUAAUAUGGCUAAAAUGGGAUUUCUUCUCGCA